GAGGGUCACAUGGGAUGCAGAAAGAAGACUGGAACCCGGGAUCCCCAGCCCUGUCCUCGGCUCCUCCGGUAGCUUGGGCUGGCCCUUGGCGUGGGUCCAGCCCCUCCCAAUAAACUCGAAACCACCGCCAGGAGGGGCGGAACCGUGGGUGUCCCUGGCUCCCCAAGGUGCCAAUUAAAUGCUCGUGGCCGUCUGGGGCCAGAGCUGUGGACAGCGGCAUGGCCGAGCCCGGGCCGGAGCCCGAGCCGGGGCGCGCCUGGCGGGUGUUCGCCCUGUGCGGGGCCGCAGUAUUCCUGGCAGCGGUUGCUGCCGGAGCAGCCCUUCUGGCCUGGAAUCUGGCCUCCUCGGCCUCCCGGAGGCCCCGCUGCCCAGAGCCGGCCGCCAACACCACGGCGCCGCCUGGAGACCCCGGACCCGAAGUCGAGGAACUUCGGCGCCGACUGGCAGAGGCUGCCCGGCUCGAGGAGGCCCUGACGAAGCGGCUGAAGCAGGCCGAGCGUGUCCGCCGGGAGCUGGAGGAGGCCCUCAGGGCCUGUGAGGGCCGCCAGAGCCGGCUUCAGACCCAACUGAUGACAGUGAAGACUGAGAUGGAAGAAGCCAAAGCACAGGGGACCCAGAUGGGGGCUGAGAACGGGGCGCUCACAGAAGCCCUGGCGCGCUGGGAGGCGGCGGCCGCUAAAUCUGCGCAGCAACUGGACGAGGCGCAGCGGCGCGCACGUACGGCCGAGGCGGAGGGCGAAGCCUGCGCAGGCCGGGAGGCGGCGCUGCGCGAGCACAUUAAAGCCCUGGAAGCCCAGACGAGCCCCCAGCGCAGAGUUUCACACCCCCGGACCCGCGCCGGGUCCCGACCCCGGCCCAGCCCCCGCUCGCGCUCUCGCCCAGGAACUUCCGGGGGCUGCAGGAGACCUACGCGGCGCGCACGAGGGUGAGUCGGCCCCCAGCUGGAUGGGGGCUCGAGACCAGGAGGACAGACCCUGGGAGCCCUGCAGGGACACUCAGAGAGGUGCCCAACUGGAUGAGAUGCUCAGUCGACACCCAUCCACGCUCAGCUUUUGACCCAGCAGCAACCCUGAAACUAUCUACAGACGGGAAUACUGAGGUCCGUUGGGUCACAAGGUGAGAUAGUGCAGAGCCUGGACUUAAGUCCCCUCUAAGGACAAGGCCAGUGUUGCCCUCAUCCCUCGGACGUGAGGACUUAGGGUCCAGCCCUGAUCUGGAAGUGACCUGAAGGGGUCGCUUCUCCUCUCUGGUCCCCAGUUCACCUUGUCUGUAAAAUGAGUGAUUGGAAUGGUGAGAGCCAGCACAUCCUUGACACCAAAACCUAACAAAAAUGGCACAGUAGGAAAACUCCAGACCUCUCUCGCUAUGAGGGUGCAAAGCUCCCAAAUGAGAUUUUAGAAGAGAACCAAGUAAUACAUUUGAAAAAUACACUAUAACAAAGGAACGUAGGCCUGAGAUGCAAAGAUGGUUCAGUGUCGGGAAGUCUGUUAAUAAAAUUUGCCAUGCUAACGAAUCAAAUGAAAAGCAUUCUGAAAAGGUCAUCAAAAUAGCAACAAUUUCAUGUGAGAUUAUACAGUAUUUGUCUUUCUCUGACUUACUUCAGUUAACUCCCUCUAGAU